AUGAUAUUCCAUAAAACACAUUUAUUUCAAAGAAUACUAUUAAUACCUUUUGUAACUGUUUCCGAAACUUCUUUUUCGAGACUUUUAAAUUAUAAACUAAAAUAUGUCAAAAAUGUAAGACAUUAUAAAACAAAUAAUUCUCAAUCACAAGAUACAAUUUUUGCACUAUCUACAGCACAAGGUAAAGCAGGAAUCGCUAUUAUUCGCAUUUCUGGGCCUAAUGCCUCACAGGCGGUGAAGGAAAUGGUACUUAAACAAUCUUUAAAAAAAAAAUUUCCAAUCCCACGUAAAGCCACCGGAAGAUUUAUUGUUCACCCAAUUACUGGUGAAAUGCUGGAUCACGGGCUAGUCUUGUGGUUUCCAGAUAUUGCAGAGUUUCAUAUACAUGGUGGUACUUCGGUGGUAAGGGGUGUUUUAGAUGCACUUGGUAGUAUUGAAGGGUUUAGGCAUGCUGAAUGUGGUGAAUUCACUCAUAGAGCCUUUGAUAAUGAUAAACUUGAUCUCACUGAAGUUGAGGGAAUUGCUGAUUUGUUGAAUGCUGAGACUGAAGCACAAAGAAGAUUAGCUUUACGACAAGCUCAGGGAGGACUAAAACAUUUAUAUGAUACUUGGAGACAACAGUUAAUUGAAAAUAUGGCAUUAGUUGAAGCAGUAAUUGACUUUGGUGAAGAUGAAAAUAUUGAAGAUGAAGUGUUAAAUCAAGUGAAUGAAAGAAUAAAACAUUUGGUGAGUAUAAUACAAAAUCAUAUGAAUGAUAACCGUAGAGGUGAAAUUUUACGGGAUGGCAUACAUGUGACUAUUAUGGGUCCUCCCAAUGUUGGAAAGAGUAGUUUUUUAAAUUAUUUGGCUCAGAGACAAGCUGCAAUUGUAUCACCUAUCCCUGGCACAACAAGAGAUGUAAUUGAAAUUUCCUUAAAUAUCGGUGGUUAUCCAAUUAUUAUUGGUGAUACUGCCGGAUUGAGAAAAUCUGAUGAUAUUAUUGAAAUGGAGGGAAUUAUAAGAGCCAAAAAUCUCAUACUUUCUGCUGAAAUAAAAAUAUGCAUUCUCUCAAGUGUUGAUAUCUUUAAUUCAAAGAAUAAUAGUUUAUUUAAUUUAGAUCCAAUGACUUAUAAUGCUAUGGACAAAAAUACGAUCCUUAUUCUAAAUAAAACUGAUCUAUUAAAUAAAACUGAACUAUCCUAUUUAAAAGAAAUAUUUACAGAAGUAGUUCCUACAAAUUAUAUUUUUUGUUUGUCAUGUGUCACUGGGGAAGGUAUUAAAGAAUUUCUAGAAUUUUUUGUAACCUCUUUAAGACACAAAUAUGAUGAUUCCACCUCCCAAGUUGCAUUGAUCACUCAAGCUCGACACCGUGAACAUCUUAAUGAAUGUUUAAAAGGUCUACGGAAUUUUCUUGGUAGGCUUCAAAAUGAUUUAGUCCUAGCAGCAGAAGAAUUAAGACAUGCGACUAACGCAUUAGGAAAAAUCACUGGUCGAGUCAGCGUUGAUGAAAUAUUGAAUAACAUUUCGAAAGAUUUUACCAAUGAAUUUCAACAAUGA